UGACUUUGUGACGCUACUGUUGGUGAUAGAAUGAUAAAGUUGAUGGUGGAUUUUGCAAGAUACACCUGAGGUACAGGUGCUUGGAGCUCUUGAUAAUGUGUACUGCGUUACAUGAUCUGUAAAUCGUGGGCUAUGCAUCCUUUACACUCGACUGGAACACCUAUGCACACACGUGUUUCGCGGAGAGUGGUGCUCAGCGCUGUGCCAGGUGCUGAAUUAGGCUCUGGGGUGCAGCAGUGACCUGGGUGGUCAUGUCUCCGCCUCGCCCGGCCACCUCCGUUGAGAAACCUGAGCAGGGGCCUGGCUGGAGGCCGACGGCGGAGUUCCCUCAACGGAGCGCCGCCAGGGGGCGCGCGAGACAGGGCGGAGCUGCGUACUUUGUCCGCCCGCGCAGCCCGUCGCUCGCGCCGCGGCGGGAAUAUCCGACCUGGCCUCGCACCACCGCCCCUUCUAGGCCCUCCUGCAUUUGCCCAGGGUCGGCACGCAGUAAUGGAGGAGGAGGCGGAGACCCAGGAGCAGCAGCGAUUCUCUUACCAACAGAGGCUAAAGGCAGCAGUUCACUAUACUGUGGGUUGUCUUUGCGAGGAAGUUGCAUUGGACAAAGAGAUGCAGUUCAGCAAACAAACCAUUGCGGCCAUUUCGGAGCUGACUUUCCGACAGUGCGAAAAUUUUGCCAAAGACCUUGAGACGUUUGCAAGACAUGCGAAAAGAACCACAAUUAACACUGAAGAUGUGAAGCUCUUAGCCAGGAGGAGUAAUUCACUGCUAAAAUACAUCACAGACAAAAGUGAAGAGAUUGCUCAGAUUAACCUAGAACGAAAAGCACAGAAGAAAAAGAAGUCAGAGGAUGGAAGCAAAAAUUCAAGGGAGCCAGCAGAGGCUGGAGUGGUGGGAAGUGAGAAUUAAAGCCCCUCGCCGCUUGGAAAAUGCAGCCUUCUACAGGUAGAGCCGCCUAGAAAUGCGCAUGACCGCCAAGGAGACUUCGAAGGGUUAAAUAGAGACUAAAAAAUACAUAAAUAAAAAGACUAGGCUAGGGGCCUUUUUGUGCUGAAUUCUCCACAUUGUUAACUGCAAAAGCUAGUUUUAGAGAAUGGGAAAGUCUUAAGCAAAAUACUCCCAGGUCUCACUCCAGAACAUAUAAAUGGUGUGUGAUUAAAUGGUAUAUAUUAGAAAUUACAUCUGUUGUAAUUAAAAUUGUGUGCGCAAUUAAACAUGGUUGACUUUUUCAAGCAAAAAUCAGUUCAUCUUUUGAUGUAAUUUUGUAGGCUAAAUGACAAUCUCUGAAAGAUGAAUAAAGUUAUAUUUAUUUAG